UAAAUUUAUACGUACAUGUACAUACAAUCAUUGUUUGAUUCUAAAGUUGUAACAGUUCUCUCCAUAAUGCCCAAGUUAACUGUCGUUGGGAGUGACUCAAAGAAGAUUCAAAUCUCUUUUCUGUACAGCAUAUCCAGUGCUAUCAAUGUUCUUAGUGAUGAUACAAUAUCUCUCUUUGUGGAAGGAAGUACUGAAGCUUUAGCAAGUGUUAUUAUGGGCGAUCCAAGUGGACAUUGGUUUGAAGGAAACUCAUUCAAAGUGGGACAAGUCACACUUGAUAUUUCAGCAGUAACUGUCUACCUAGGCAAGCGAUAUAAUCUCUGCUAUGUGAGUCAAGACACUAUCCAAUCAAGUCUUGCACUCACUUGGAAACCAGAAGACGGUGCUUUUACAGAAUAUCGCGAGCAAAACAAUGAACAAGAAACAGCUACAUCUCCAGCAAUGCAAGACUACACUUUCGUAUCCGGAAACAUAUAUAGUGAUACCAGCAGCGGCUUUGAGUGUCCCCGAAUGUCAUCUCAAACAAGCUCCAGCUUUGUUGUAGUUGACGAGAUCGACAGUAAACCGCAGGAGCCUGAAGAAUUGAUUUUAGUUGAGAAUGGUACAGAUGAUUUCCAUAGCCAGCCUGAUGAUUUUGAGGGAUUUCCUGAUCCAGUGAACAGCCCAUCAAAUCCUGAAAAUAAUGAAAGGGAACCGUGGAUACAAUCGCCUGGGACACCAAGCGAAAUUUUGUUCAAAACAGAAGAUGUUGAGGAAAAUACCGAAGUUCCAUGUACUAGUGUGAACAAAACAUCACCAAAAAGCGAUCCUGCUGCUGAUGUAAACUUGAUGCAAAGUGAUAUCCCUCUUGAGAUGUCGGCAAGUGUAAAUUGGGAUGAUAGACCUCAAGGAGAAGUUAAGUUGCUUAGGAGCAAAAACAGAGAUCUUAAUCAGAAGCUUAGCAAGCUUACAAAAAUCAUGGGAAAUAUGCAAAAUGAACUGGUAGUGCUUCGAGAAAAGCCAGGUCAUUCAGAAGAAACGAUGGAGAAGAUUCGCCAUCUUGAAGCAGAACUCGAGCAAUGCAAACAAAAAUCUGAUAGUCUAGAGAUUGUAAUUGCCAAAUUAAAGGAAGAAAAGCAUCUUUUGAAGAAAAAAAACGCUCAGUUAACGAUUGAAAGAAACACUCAAUUUGAGAGAAGUGCCACCCUUCUAGAUGAGUUGCAAGACAAGGAAAAGGAGAACGAAGUACUUAAAAGUGAAAACAUUGUACUCCAAGGUAAACUCAAGAGAUUGGAUGACAACGAAAGGAAGAAAAAACGACAACCAAGAAACCAAGAACAUGACCCGAGACGAGCUAAAGUUGAUCCCAUAGAAAUUCCAGUGAAAUUCACCACACACAAGACACCUGUUGAGAAUGGUCACAAGACAGAGCCCAGCAGACCAUCUGAUCUACCGUUGACAGGAGGAGCCAAACUCAAACCCGCACCACCACCACAGAUUGUCCCUCAAGAACGAAGACGACCUCCAGAGGGUAGGAAGACACACCAGCCUCCUCUGGACAAGCAACCACUAAGACAACCGCUCAGGAAAUCCUCACAGACAAAGCCAGACUCUCAAAAGAGAGGAGAUCCUGCACAUGCCUCAAAACUACUUCAUAGUGAUCAAAGAGCAAGUGACAUGAUCAUUUCGGAGCAAAGGGUCAAUGAAUUAGCCAACUCCGUACGAGGGACUUCGUCUAUAGUAUGCCCUAUUUGUCAAAAGUCUCUUCAUGCUCGGGAGGGCGAGUUUAGUGCGCAACUACACGUUGAGCAUUGUCUUCAAAUCACCUAUAAUAACACUGAACAUUGAUUAUAGCUGAUUGUUUAACAUUUGAUGUACGUAUUACUUUUGACUACAUAUUACGAUUGCAUGCAUAACUACGUGCACCUAUACUUGUAUUGCACUACAGUAUCUGCUUUUUAUCUUUUUAAUCCUGAAUGCACAUAA